UGGACAAAAGUUUUUCCAUGUGUCACUGUUUAAGUUGGACUAAUUAGAACUUGGUGUAGGGGUUGGUAUUAGAGUUCUAUUUAGUUGAAGAAAUUAAAUUUAGAGUCUACCCCACUAGCCGACUAAGUCAAUGGUCUUUUUCUUUUUCCAUUCAUUAAUGCAUUACUACCAUACUAGCUCAACCAAUUUCCACCACCAUUUUACUUUUGAAAAUAACAAUUAUUAAUAGACUGUCUUAAAAUAAAAAUAAUAACAAUAGUAGUAGUAGAUCACUUGGCCCCAAUAACAAUGCCAGUUUUUCCCUAACAAAGAAAUUCUUUUAGUAUAUAUAUAGGCAGCCAACUAACUCAGUAAUAUAUUUAUCCUCUCACUAUGUACUUUUGUGUAUUUUUAAAUAUGAAAGUUGCAGGGUUAUUUUUCUUACUAGCUGCUACUCAUUUAUUGAGUAGUGAAAAUUCCCAAGCAAAGUGCAUAGAAAGGGAGAGAAAUGCUCUUCUCAAUUUCAAAGAAGGCCUUGUUGAUGAUGGAAACCUCUUAUGGUCUUGGAAAAACAAAAGCAAAGAUUGUUGUGCAUGGAGAGGAAUCAGGUGCAAUAACUUAACUAAUCAUAUUAUCAAACUUGAUCUUCAUUUCGAUUAUAAUUACUUUCAUCAUCUUGGUUUAAUGGGGUAUCCUAUAAGUGGUCAAAUUGGAUCCUCUUUGGUUGAUCUUCAACAUUUAGAGCACUUGGAUCUUAGUAACAAUGACUUUGUUACAAUCCCCAAGUUCAUAGGUGCCAUUACAAGACUCAAAUAUCUCAAUCUUUCAGGAAAUCCUACUGUUGGAAAUAUUCCUUCACAACUUGGGAAUCUUACCAAAUUGAGUUUUCUUGAUCUUAAUAGUCUUACAAUGGGUUUGAUUGUUGACAAUUUUCAUUGGCUUUCUAAUCUUCCUAAUCUAAGGCUUCUUAGACUAGGUGGCACAAAAUUCUCCAAAGCCAUGGAUUGGUUUCAAUCCUUUAAAGCAGCUCCUUCCUUAUCUAUAUUGGAGUUUAACUUUUGUUACUUUCCUAUAUUAGAUAUUGCUCAUUCUCUUUCUCAUAUUAAUUCUUCCAAUUCUCUUACAAAAAUUCUAGUUGAGGCUUGUUAUUCAGUGCAGCCUAAAACUUUCUCUAAGUUGCUUAAUUUGAGCAAUAAUCUUGUUGAUUUCACCCUAAAGCAAUCUCAAUCACCUCUACAUUUUCUCCCAAAUUCAUUUGAAAAUCUAAAAUUUCUUACACAUAUUGAUGUGUCAGAGAAUAGACUUUAUGGUUUUGAAGGUGAAAUACUAAAAUAUUUAGGCAAUCUUUGCAACAUCCAACAAAUAAUUUUGAGGGAAAAUGGAUUGAAUGGGACACAGCUGAUUGAUUUCUUACAAAGCCACAAAAAUUGUGGUAAUAAGGAUUCUCUAGAGGUUUUGGAUCUAAGUUCUAACCAACUAGAAGGAUCAUUGCCUCAUAAUCUCAUCAAACUAUCAUCCUUGAGAGAAUUAGAUUUGUCUUACAACAAAUUAAGUGGGAAUUUACCAAAAAGUGUUGGGGAGCUUUCUAGUCUUGAAAUCUUGGAUAUUUCCAUGAAUUCAUUUGUUGGAGAUAUAUCUAAUAAACACUUGGGAAAACUUUCCAAAUUGCAAAAACUUGACUUAUCUUCUACCUCUCUUUCAUUGAAUUUCUCAUCAAAUUGGGCUCCAUCUUUUCAAUUACAAUAUAUUAACUUAGGAUCUUGCAAGUUAGGUCCUCAAUUUCCUUCUUGGCUCCAAACUCAGAUGAAUAUUUCUUUUCUUAAUUUAUCUAGUUCUGGAAUUUCUAAUGUCAUCCCUAGUUGGUUUCCUAAAAUAUCUUCUGGAUUAGAGUACUUAGAUCUAUCUUUCAACCUCAUUAAUGGAACAUUGCCAAAUGUUUCAUUGAGAUCCAAGCAUUCUUCAUUCAUUGACUUGAGCUCCAACAAUAUUCAUGGUUCUAUCCCAAAUUCUCUUUUAAAUGCAAAAUACUUGGAUCUUUCCAAUAACUUCCUCACAGAAUUUGGGCCUUUCUUUUGCACUACUACUAGACUUGAUAUGGCAAAAUUAAUCAUUCUUGACAUUUCUAACAAUUUGUUAUUUGGAAAUAUUCCUGAUUGUUGGCUUAGUCUAAAUAAUUUGGAAGUUCUCAAAUUAGACAACAACAAAUUGUUUGGUCCAAUCCCUACUUCAAUGGUAUCAAUGUAUAAGAUUAAAACAUUGAGCUUAAGGAAUAAUAAUCUUUGGGGAGAUCUUCCAUCCUUGAAAAGUUGUACUCAACUACAAUAUCUUGAUGUUGGAGAGAACAAGUUAGAAGGAAAUAUACCAACAUGGAUUGGGGAAUCACUGACAAAUUUGAAGAUUCUUGUACUAAAAGCAAACAAAUUCCAUGGAGCAAUACCAACAAGUCUAUGUCAUUUGAAAUACAUUCAAAUUUUAGAUCUCUCCCAAAAUUAUUUAUCUGGAAAUGUUCCAUCAUGCAUUAACAAUUUUACUUUAUUGGUUGAGAUACAAUAUUUAUUGGAACCUGCAAUAAUUUUCGAUCAUUACUAUGGUCAAGAUGAGAACACAUUUGAAAUUUAUCAAGAUAAUGCUAUGAUAUGGUGGAAAGGAAGAGAAUAUAAAUAUAAAGAACUUCUUGAGUUAUUAAGAAUCAUCGAUUUUUCAAGUAAUAGAUUGGUUGGAGAUAUUCCAAAAGAAUUAACAAAUCUUGUGGAACUAAUUCAACUAAACUUGUCAAGGAAUAAUUUGAGUGGAGCUAUCCCUAAUCAAAUUGGGAACUUGAGUAAACUAGAAUCAUUAGAUUUGUCUCACAACAAUCUUUGUGGACAAAUUCCAAUGAGUUUGGCCGAAAUCUCAACUCUAGCAUACAUGGACAUCUCCUACAAUCAAUUGUUAGGAAGAAUCCCUACAAGCACUCAAUUACAAAGCUUUCCUAUUUCAUGGUAUGUUGAAAAUCUUGGACUUUGUGGUCCUCCUCUUUCGCCAAGAUGUCCGGGAGAGGUGAUCUUCAAAGAUCUUGAUCCGAAUUUGAUCGACAAAGAAGGCUACAUUGAAAGUGAUGAAGAAUGGUAUGACAUGGCAUGGUUUCACAUGGGAAUUGGAGUUGGAUUUGGGCUUGGUUUUCUUGAAAUUUGUGUGGUUUUGAUUCUCGGUUCUUAUUGGGGAUUUUCUUAUUUUCGAUGCUUCAGUGAGCUAGCUGAUAAUCUUUACAUGAUGAUUAGUAUUAGAAUUUCAAGAUUAAGAAGAUGACUACUUCCACUAAAUGGAAAAGUUGAAGGGUCAACCAUCAAUGGCAUGGAGAUACAACAUGAAGACCAAAUAAGAGAAGAUUCUUAUUGGAACUUUUUCCUUUAUAAUAAAACUAUGAAUUAAGCUGGCUUCCACCCUACUUUUAUAUAUAUUUUUUUAAUGAUUUAGUGAUAUAAUUUAAAAUGUAUUAUUUUGAUGUGUGUAUCAUUAAUAAAGUAAACUUUUUUAAAUUUGAAACAUUAUUUACUAUUUUGAAAUAGAUAGG